AUGGAUAUAAGAAAUUAUAUGUGGGUUAAUUCAUUUGAAAUAACAAGUGCAAAUUUGACGAUAAAUUCUGACCCAUCAACAACACAAUCAUCGCUAACUACUUCCAUAAUUGUUGUUUCAAAUAAUUCUAAUAGUGAAUUGAUUACGAUGAAAAUUAUAAUCGCAUCAAUUGGAGGAACUCAACAUAAUUUACCUGGAAGUAUUGUUGAAAAUAAGCGUAGUAGUAAUAAUAUCGCAUAA